AUGGUUCUGAUUUCUGGUCUGCCUGACGAUAUAGCCUAUGAUUGUCUAAUUCGUAUCCAAUAUGAUCAGUUCCCAGCUAUGGCAUCGGUUUGUAAGGGUUGGAAGGCUGAGGUUGAGCUGCCGGAGUUUCAUCGGCUUAGGAAGGCUGGCGGCCAUAGCCAAAAACUCAUUGUGAUGGUUCAAUCACAUGUUGUCUCAAAUCAUGGUGUUGGUGUCUUCAAGUGCCCGGAUAGCCCGGUUUACCGGCUCACUCUUUGUGAACCGGAUUUGGGUAAUUGGUCCGAGUUACCGCCGCUUGCCUGUUUUGCUACUGGGCUACCCAUGUUUUGCCAACUGACAGCGGUCGGGUCGGAUUUAGUCCUGAUCGGGGGUUUGGAUCCGAUGACAUGGACCAUCUCGAAUUCCGUGUUUGUCUACAACUUUGUGUCUGCCACGUGGAGGCGUGGAGCUGAUAUGCCAGGUGGUGCUCGGAUUUUCUUUGGAUGCUCGUCGGAUUCUGAUCGGAUGGUGUUCGUUGCGGGUGGACAUGACGAUGAGAAGAAUGCGUUGAGAUCGGCAAUAGCAUAUGACGUGGCGAAAGAUGAGUGGAUUUCAUUACCUGACAUGGCAAGAGAACGCGACGAAUGUAAGGCAAUUUUCCAGCAUGGCAAGCUCCAUGUCAUCGGUGGCUAUUGUACAGAAAUGCAAGGCCGUUUCGAAAGCAGCACCGAAACAUUCAAUUUCUCCACAUGGCAGUGGGAACAAGUACAAGACGACUUCUUGCUAGUCGCCACGUGUCCAAGGACGUGCGUGGACGGUGAUGACGAGACAAUGUACAUGUGUCGUGGCGGUGAUGUGGUGAAACAUAGACGCGGAACAUGGACAUUCGUGGCGAAGCUGCCAGGUCAGGUGCGCAAUCCAGCUUGUGUGACAGCGUGGCAGGGCAAAGUAUUAGUGAUUGGAUGUGCAGGGUUUGGGGAGCCCCACAUGGCUUACAUGCUACAUUUGGACAAUUACACAUGGACAAAACUAGAAACCCCUCACAAGUACUCUGGUCAUGUUCAAUCAAGUUGUCAUUUGGAGAUUUAA